AUGCUUACGACCUCGACGACCUCCACAGCGGGCAUCCUCAACUUUACCACUGACGACGACAAAUAUCCUCAAAAGGGGAUGAGAGAACCCAGUCGGGAUUCUGAAGCUCCCCCCUCCCCUGACGCUGUGACUCGCGGAGUCGUCCACCAUUCACCGUAUGGAAACCAACAAUGGCAAUCAUUCUGGUUCACUGGUGCCCCCUGGGCUUCAGCCACUUUUCAGUCGUGGCGUCCCGACUCGUCCCCGAAUUAA